AGUAAAAAAUGACAAAGUGGGAAUUCGAUUUAAAUAAAUAACAUAAGGAAGUAAAUGAACCUUUUGGAUAUUGCAAGACAAUCGGAGAAAUGGAUUAAAUAUAAAAUAACGAAAAAAUUCAAAAGGAAAUGUUAGAAAAAAAAAUACAAGCUACUGCAACUUAAGGGAAAGAAUAAGUUUUGAUGGCCUUAUUUAUGAAUUAUAUGAUAGGAAAUACCUUAAAUAUUUUUGUUAUAUUUUUUACAUUUUAAAAUGUUUAUAAUCCAUUGAAAAACUUAUUUAUGCUUUUAAAUAGUAUGAAGGAAAAGGAAUUUAAUUAUUAACUUAUAAAAUGAUGUAUUGUGCAGUAUGGGGAAUCAUUUUAUCAAUAGGUAUGUAUAAAUUGUAUAAUUUAGGUUUGUUCCCUCUUAGUGCGGCUGAUUGGAUAGAUUUAGUUCCUCUUCAC